CUCAGACCAAACUUCGAGAAGGGGGAAAAAAAUGAGAAAAAAUUCCUCCGCCGGAGCAAAAGAGAAACGGUGCUGUCUUUUUUACUCAAUGAUUAGGCGGAAAUGAACAUGUGUCAGUAAAAGCAAUGCUUUAUUUACCGUCGAAACACAGUUAUUUCGAUAAAGACACUUUAAAAAUAUAUAUUCUUUAAACUCGCCCCUCUUGUAAAUAGAGCCGCGAUGAAUUCAGCGGAAGGAUACAUGCCUAAGUGUCUUCACUCUAUGUGGCCUCAGUAAGUGUGAGCGCACAGAGGUGGAACACUCGGCUGGGUCUAUGAGGAUAACUUUAAUUUACGUCUUUUAACCGCUUAAAGUUGCUGUGAGGGACAGUAACUAAUGUAAAAGAAGUCAACGAGAUGUUGUAACUUAGCGCUGCAGGUGUUUAAAACUUUUUUUAAAGGUGAGCAGUUUCCGCAAGACUUUUGAGAGCUAACCUUGCCGGGCACACAGCUCAACUUUGGGCUGGAGACCUUAUGUGGAUUUUACAGAAAAUAUGGAUCACAUCUCCUGUUUCUUCACCGGCAACGCGCUAGUCUUUGUCCUCUGUUUCAUCCACCUCUCGUUGGCUCUGCAGUGUAUGGAUGACAUCGCGCCAUGUGUCAACAAUGCUACGUGUCUGACUUUCACCAAUGGCACUGAGUACUGCAGGUGUCUACCCGGCUUCUUGGGUGAGUACUGCCAACAUAAGGAUCCUUGUCACCCUGGUUUCUGCCUGAAUGGAGGGAACUGCUCAGUGUCAUUGUCGGCUGGUGUACCUGUACCAGGCAGUGCAACCUGUACCUGCCCUCUGGGCUUUACUGGCCAGCACUGCCAAACACCACAGAACUCCACGUGCUACCCCAACAACCCCUGUGCCAACCGAGGAAACUGUAUCCUGCUAUCCCUCGACAAAUAUAGAUGCGAGUGUGCUCGAGGUUGGACAGGUCCACAGUGUGAGCGUGAAGACAGCUGUCUGUCCAGCCCAUGUGCUAAUGGUGGAAAGUGUAGCUCUCCAUCUGCUGGUAGCUUCACAUGUUCCUGUCCUCCUGGCUACACCGGUCCUCGUUGCCUUAAUGACACAAAUGAAUGUGCUGCCACACCCUCCAUAUGCCAAAAUGAGGGAACAUGUGACAACACCCCAGGUUCCUACAAGUGUAACUGUGCUCCGGGUUUUACGGGCAGACACUGUGAAAGCUCUUACAUCCCGUGCUCUCCUUCUCCAUGCCUAAAUGGAGGCACCUGCCACCAGACUUCUGAAACCAGCUAUUCAUGCCACUGCCUUCCAGGUUUCAAUGGGACAAACUGUGAGAACAACAUUGAUGACUGUCCUGGUCAUCAGUGUUUGAAUGGAGGUACCUGUAUGGAUGGGGUCAAUACUUACAACUGCCAGUGCCCUCCACAGUGGACUGGCCAGCACUGCAUGGAGGAUGUGGAUGAGUGUCGCCUUCAGCCGAACACUUGCCAGAAUGGUGGCACAUGCAACAAUAUGCAAGGUGGCUUCGUCUGUGUUUGUGUCAAUGGAUGGAGUGGAGUAGACUGCUCAGAUAACAUUGAUGACUGUGCCACGGCUGCCUGCAGCCAUGGUUCUACAUGCAUUGACCGCGUCGCCUCUUUCAUCUGUGUCUGCCCUUUUGGAAAGACAGGCUUGCUUUGCCACAACGACGAUGCCUGUGUCAGUAACCCCUGUAGAGAGGGCGCUCAGUGUGACACCAAUCCCGUCAGUGGCAACUUCAACUGUAAUUGCCCACCUGGUUAUGUAGGCAGCACCUGCAACCAAGACAGAGAUGAAUGCAUCAUAGGUGCCAACCCUUGUGAACAUAGUGGUCAGUGUGUGAACACUGAGGGUUCCUUCUCUUGUAACUGUGUCAGAGGUUAUGCUGGGCCUCGCUGUGAACAAGAUAUCAAUGAGUGUGCAUCAAAUCCCUGCCAGAAUGAAGGCACCUGCCUCGAUCGCAUUGGAGACUAUUCCUGCAUUUGCAUGCCUGGAUUUCAGGGGACUCAUUGUGAAAUAGAGAUGGAUGAAUGCCUUAGUUCCCCCUGUUUGAACCAGGGUAAAUGUCUCGACCAAGUGAGCCGCUUUGUGUGCGAAUGCCCGGCAGGCUUUAGUGGUGAAAUGUGCCAGAUAGACAUUGAUGAGUGUUCCAGCACACCCUGUUUAAAUGGUGCCAAGUGUAUCGACAGGCCCAAUGGAUAUGACUGUGAAUGUGCCGAAGGUUUCACUGGUCAGCUCUGCAAGGAGAACAUCAACGAUUGUAUACCAGAACCUUGUCACCAUGGCGUCUGUAUCGAUGGUAUUGCUACCUACUCCUGUGACUGCCACCCAGGAUAUACAGGCUCCAUCUGUAACAUCCAAGUUAAGGAGUGCCACAGCAACCCUUGUCAGAACAGAGGACGCUGCAUUGACCUGGUCAACGCGUACCAAUGCAACUGCCCACCAGGGACUAAAGGAGUCAACUGUGAGAACAAUGAAGACGACUGUGCCAGCAACCCCUGUGAAUAUGGAGAGUGCCAGGACGGCAUCAAUGAGUACAAAUGUGUGUGUUCCCCAGGAUACACAGGAGCAAAAUGUGACAUAGAGAUCAACGAAUGUAACUCCAACCCCUGUAUGAGUGGAGGGACAUGUUUGGACAGAGUCAAUGGAUUUCAAUGCCUGUGUCCACCCAGCACUCAUGGUCCCUUGUGCCUUUCGGGGACAGACCACUGUGCUCCUCAGCCUUGUGUGCAUGGAGAAUGUGUUGAACAGCAACAUGGGUACUACUGUUACUGUGAAGCAGGCUGGGUAGGACAGCACUGUGAAGAGGAAAAGGAUGAAUGCCAACCAAACCCAUGUCUAAAUGGUGGCAGUUGUUUGGACAGACACAAUGGCUACACAUGUCAAUGUCCACUUGGAUUCAGAGGUGUGAACUGUGAGAAGAACAUAGAUGAAUGUGCAUCUAAUCCCUGCCGUAAUCAUGGCUUCUGUAUAGAUGGAGUCAACAGCUACACGUGCCAGUGUAGUCUGCCAUUUACUGGUAAAAACUGUGAGGUGGAUAAGGCUCCUUGUGCAUCUCAUCCAUGUAAGAAAGGUGGAGUGUGUCAUCCAUCCCUAGACUACACCUCUUACACCUGCCGGUGUCCUACUGGCUGGCAAGGUCAAAGUUGCACAGAGGACGUGAACGAAUGCAGGAAGAAUCCCUGCAAAAACAGUGGCCAUUGCAUUAACAACGAAGGCAGCUACAUGUGUCUGUGUCAAAAGGGAUACAGUGGACGCAACUGUCAGAUAGACAUUGACGACUGCUCCCCCAACCCUUGUCUGAACGGAGGCUCAUGUUUGGAUUAUGUUGGAAGUUUUUCGUGUGACUGUCGAGCGGGUUUUGAAGGGGAUCGCUGUGAGAUUGAGGUCGAUGAGUGCGCCAGUCAGCCCUGUAGGAAUGGUGCCACCUGCACGGACCAUGUCAACAGCUUUGUGUGCGAAUGCCGACCAGGUUAUAAUGGAAUCUUGUGUGAACGUAACAUCCUUGAAUGUACAGAGAGCUCCUGCCUUAAUAAUGGGACUUGUAUCGACGACAUCAACACCUUUUCUUGCCGUUGCCGUCCUGGUUUUCAUGGGAUCUUUUGUGAGUUCAAGCAGAAUGAAUGUGACUCUCAGCCUUGUAAAAACAGAGGAACCUGCACUGGACACAACUGCCAGCCCAUUGUAAACCUUUGCAGCCAGGUGCGCUGCCAUAAUGGGGGUGUCUGCUCUCAGACAACAACAUCCUGGACCUGUCACUGUCCUUUGAAUUGGACAGGACUUUACUGCGAUGUUCCCAGUAUGUCCUGCCAGUCCUAUGCUGCCUCAAAAGAUGAAGAGGUGGAGAAAGUGUGUAAGAAUGCUGGGCGGUGUAUAAAUGUGGGCAGCUCACACCAGUGUCAGUGCCAGCCAGGAUACACAGGCAGCUACUGUGAGGAGAUGGUUGAUGAGUGCAAGUCAAAUCCAUGUAGCAAUGGAGCCACAUGUAAAGACUAUCAGGGCACAUAUGAGUGUGUUUGCAAACCCGGUUACCAGGGAGUCAAUUGUGAGUACGAUGUGGAUGAAUGUCACUCUAAACCCUGCAUGAAUGGAGGAACCUGCAUCAACCUCAUUAAUCGUUUUACCUGCAUCUGUCCACCUGGAACACAAGGGAUCCAGUGUGAGGUGAAUGAAGACGACUGUGCGCCUAAUCCUGGUUCCUGGGAGCCUCGCUGCCGUAAUGGAGGACAGUGUGUGGAUGGUGUUGGUCAGUACACGUGCUCCUGCCCUGCAGGAUUUGUUGGGAAACACUGUGAGGGAGAUCUGAAUGAAUGUCAGUCCAAGCCUUGCCAUGCUCCUGGCACCCUUGACUGUGAACAGCUGGUUAACAACUACAAGUGCCACUGUCGCCAUGGAUACACAGGUCGUCAUUGUGAGUCCAUGAUGGAUCUGUGUCUGUCCAGGCCGUGUCACAACAAUGGUGUUUGCUCAAUGAACAUGAGCUCAGUUCAUGGCUACAUCUGCUACUGUGCUUCUGGAUUCACUGGGACGAACUGUGACAUAGAAAAAGAAGAACACUGUUCAAAGAUACAUUGCCAGAAUGGUGGGCGCUGUGUUGAGUCCCCACCCGGUCACUCAUACUGCCAGUGUCAGCCCGGAUCCUAUGGGCUACGCUGUGAAAAUAUACAGACGUGUCCAAGGCCAUGCCAGAAUGGAGGUACUUGCAUCAAAGACCCCUCAAACCCAAACCAGCACAGCUGCCGUUGUCCCAUGCUCUUCUCUGGACGAUUCUGUGAGAACAAACUGAACAUACACCGCACACCAACCUGCCCAUUUUCACACUGUGAGCGGCAGGCGGGGGACAGAGUUUGUGAUGACCAGUGUAACAUCCAUGAGUGUCAGUGGGAUGGUGGAGACUGCUCUCUCAACUGGCAGCAGCCUUGGGUAAACUGCCCUGCUCCUAUUCCGUGCUGGGAUCGCUUCAAAAAUGGAAAAUGUGACAAGGAGUGUGACAAUGCUGGCUGUCUCUUUGACAGUUUCGAGUGUCUGGACAACACAACCGCUCCCUGCAAGUAUCCAGAAUACUGUGCUGAUCACUACCAAAAUGGCGUUUGUGACCAGAGCUGCCACACAGAGGCUUGUGGAUGGGACGGCCUGGACUGUUCUACAGAUAUUACACCCAAACCAGUGCCUGGAACGCUAGUCAUCAUUGUUCGACUGCAGCCUGUGGAGCUGCUCAAUGACUUAAAUGGUUUCCUGCGUGCCUUAGGAGCUCUGUUGCACACCAACUUGCUUGUAAAGCGAGAUAAAAAUAAUAAUCCAAUGCUGUUCCCCUACUAUGGAGAUGAAGAUCAGCGACAGUACAAUCAGAAAAGCAGAAAUAAGCGGGAGCUGGAGCUGGAGGUUAUUGGCUCUGAGGUGCACCUUCUAAUUGACAACCGUGAAUGUUCCCAAACCUUUGUUGACUGUUUCUCCAACACCGAUGAGGCUGCGUCUUACAUCGCAGCAGCACACAUCAAAGCUGAGCUGCCGUACCCAUUAGUGACGGUCAAGAGUGAGCCAACUAUGCAUUCAGAACCAUCAUUUCUGAUGUACCUGAUUGGAGUGGCAGCAGUUAUUGUUCUGCUAAUCCUUGUUGUGGGGAUGUUAGUAGCUAAGAGAAAGCACAAAAAUGGUGUUCUCUGGCUGCCUGAUGGCUUCAUGGCCAACAAAAAUGACAAGAGAAGAGAGCCUGUUGGACAAGAUGACUUUGACAUGAAAAAUUUCAAGAGCCAAGAUGGAUCCAUUGAUGUAGGUCAUAGUCAGAGGUGGCUGGAGGACGAGGUACCGGCUAAGAAACCAAGAACGGAAGAAAAGCCUUUGCUGCCCAUGCCAAUGGAUGGAUGUAUUGACAGAAGGGAGUGGACCCUGCAGCAUCGCAAGGCUGCUGACAUAACACUCACCCCCCCACAAGCUGACCUGGAGGCUGAUUGCCUGGACGUGAAUGUCAAAGGACCUGAUGGAUUCACUCCGCUGAUGCUGGCGUCACUGCGCAGCGGUGGUGGCCCAGACUGCAGCGUGCAUGGAGAUGAAGAAGACGAGAGCGGAGGAGAUGAACCAGGGCCGAGCAUUAUUUCUGACUUAAUCACUCAAGGGGCUUCGCUGAUGGCCCAGACUGACCGUACCGGUGAAACUGCACUCCACCUGGCCGCCCGCUACGCCAGAGCAGACGCUGCUAAGAGACUGCUGGACGCUGGGGCUGAUCCUAAUGCCCAUGACAACAUGGGCAGAACUCCUCUGCACGCUGCUGUGGCUGCUGAUGCACAGGGAGUUUUCCAAAUUUUGAUACGUAAUCGUGCAACAGACCUGGAUGCCCGGAUGAAUGAUGGCACAACACCCCUGAUCCUGGCGGCCAGGCUGGCUGUGGAAGGCAUGGUCGAAGAGCUAAUCCACUGCCAUGCUGACAUUAAUGCUGUAGAUGAUCAUGGCAAAUCCGCUCUGCACUGGGCUGCUGCAGUUAAUAAUGUGGAAGCCACUCUUGUACUUUUAAAGAAUGGAGCCAAUCGUGACAUGCAAGACAACAAGGAGGAGACUCCACUCUUCCUGGCAGCCAGAGAGGGCAGCUUUAAGGCGGCCCAAGUUCUCCUGGACCACUACUCCAACCGUGACAUCACUGAUCACUUGGAUCGACUGCCACGUGACACAGCUCAAGAAAGAAUGCAUCACGAUAUAGUUCGCCUAUUGGACCAGUACAAUCUGGUUCACAGUCCACACAACGGGCCCAACCACAUGGGCGGAGGAGGAAACUCUGUUAUGUGUGGUAGCAAUGGAGCGGGGUAUAUCAGCAUGCGUCCUGGUCCGCAAGGGAAGAAGAGCAGGAGGGGUGGAGGUGGUGCAAAGGUGGCAGGUAUUGGAGGAGGAGCUAAGGAGUUGAAAGACAUGAAGGCGAAGAGAAGAAAGAAGCCUGCUGGAGGUGAGGGGGCAGGGGUAAGUGCUGCGGUGGGAGGAGGAAAUGGUGGAGGAGGGACAGGAGGAGGGAACACAAAUGGUGUGAAAGCAGCGGGAGCACUUCCAGAGAGCUCUGUCACCAUGUCUCCUGUGGACUCCUUGGAGUCUCCUCACUCAUACACAGGUGACGUGUCCAGCGCCGUCUCCACCACAGCUAACUCUCCUCCGCUCCUCAGCAGCCCCACUUCCAGACCAAUGUUGCCCCCGGUCAGUCACAUGCUGGGUCAGCAGCAGGGUUGGGUGGGAAUGACCAAACACGGCUACAGCGGCCACAUGUUUGGUCUUGUUCCACACCAGAUGGCAGCUUCCCAUCCAGGAAUCGGCCAACACCAUGGUCAGGGUCCCUUGAUGACCCCCAUGAAUGUGACCAUGAGCAGAGAGCAGUUGCCUCCCAUAGUCACCUUCCAGAUGAUGGCUCCUGGUGGAGGCCAGGCGAUGCUGAAGCAGCCGCAGCAAGGGCAGGUACAGGUCACACAGUCCCAGGGGCAGAGCCACAGUCAGGGUCACCCACACCAGGCACCGUCUCGCCUUCACUGUACCCAGGGUAUGAUGUACCCGAUGCCGGAGCAGAUGAACAUGACGCACAGCCUCUCCCACAGCCUGCAGCACCCCCACAGCGUCAGCCACGGAGGGAUGGAAGGCCAGCCCCGACCGCUCCCCUCCUAUCCACCCAUGCAGAGCCCUGUGGAUAAAUACCCCACACCUCCCUCCCAGCACAGUUACGCCACCACUGCCUCAGAGGGCACCACCCCAGGUCAUUCUGCCCACCCACCCAGCGAGCAUCCAUAUCUGACCCCCUCACCAGAGUCCCCCGACCCCUGGUCGUCUUCUUCGCCGCACUCCAACUCAGACUGGUCAGAUGUAACCACCAGCCCCACCCCUCUGGGAAAUCCCCACCACGCAUUGCCGUCAUCACGCCACACACACAUUCCAGAGCAGGCGCAGGCUCAGGCGCAGCCACAGUCGCAGCAGAUGCAGCAGACGUCUCAACAGCCUCAGCUGGGAAACAUGCAGGUGUUCUGAAGAAAGCCCAAGUGGAAGGACUCGGGUGUUUCUGUGUAGUCUAAAAUAAACACAUGCCAGUCUUUCAGUGCUAUUGUUCCCUUUAUGGUUACUGUGUAUGUUCUUUUUUAUUAAUAUCAUCAGUCACCUCUCAUUUGAUUUUCUUCUCUUUUUUUGCACUUAAAAUUGUAUAUAGUUUCUAAAACAUCACUGAGUAUUAUCAGCUAAAUAUUCAACAUUUUUGAUACCAAAAUUAUUUAGCUAGCUUUCUGUCUUUCUGAGCUACAAUAGUUCUCUGAAUUCCGACUGAGUAUCUUCCCCUUUCUGCUGCCUGCGUCAGGAUAUGUUUUUCUAGACGGUUCAGUAAGAAAACACAAAGCUUCCAUUGAGUGAUGUCAGAACAGAGGUCGCCAGACAAACCGGCCGACCAGACGGUGAUCAGCUGAUGUUAGACUGUUCCAGUGAUGUUGCGGUCUUUCUGUGUUAAUAAUUGGACAUUGUUUCUUCUGCUAUGCGCUCAAAUGUUGUAUGUUUAAUGUGAUAAACCUGUCGUUACUAACUUCUUGUUUAAACUAUUUGCUCUACCUUUUGAAAUAGAAUGGGUCACCGUUGGUUGAUGUUUUUAUUCUGAAAGCAGAAAUGAAAAAAUGUAUAUAAAGUGUUUUUUGUUACUAUGUCAAAGGGCAGUUUUAGGUACAAACAUUUAUAUACGUUGUGAAACAGAGUUAUGUUAUGUUACCAAACUCAAAAUUGCAAGGCAUCUGAGGACCUUCAAUCAUUUUUGGUGUUGAGAAGCAAAAAUCAUAUAUCUUUUAAAACUUACCAAGAUUCAGGUAAGCGCCAUGUUCAUAUAUUAAAUGUAAGUUGUCAUACAUUUUGUGAAUUUACUCGUUUUUGUCCUGAUGGUAAUGAGUAGAAAAAUGACAGAUGUACAAGUGUCAUUUUAUUUACCACAGUUUGAACACAGUUUCUGAUACAGCUGAGAUGUGAUUUGAAAACCAAAUUUUUUUUUAGAAACACAAUGUUUAAAGAUGUACUUUAUUUCUGUCACACUCAAUUUUACUUGUGCCACAUAAUGUUUGUUGUACAUAGACUUUUUUAUAUAUAUAAAUACUGUUGGCACUUCAGUGAUUCUGAAUGUUACAGAGAGGUGGAUGUUUUUACCUUUAAACUUCCUCUUUGAUUAAUCCUUUCUGUUCUCAAAUCACUCACUGUUCUGAUUUUUGCUUUACUACAAUCAGUGCACUUUUGAAUACUUAGGGUUAAUUCCAACCAGGUCUAGAAUCAAAUAGGUUUUUAAUCACCCUAACAAAAGACAACGUUGACCCCGGUGUUGUGCAUCUGCUCUUAAUGAACAGACAAUCAUUAUUUUGUUCAUUUUUCUCAGAGAGGAAGAGUCUCUUGAAUUCAAAUUCCAUUUAGCAAUUGUUAAACUGGUGAAAUGCCUUUGUUUUCAUCGAUUCUUCAUGGUCUUUAUAAGGUAAAAAGAUGGAAUCUUUGACAAUGUUCCCGGUGCCUAGCUUUAUUCUUUGUAGAAUAUGCUGAACAUUAAAAUGUCAGUCAGCAUUUUUCAAGAGUUGAGUUUCACAGUUGUCUUACGUUUAUCAGGAUAAGUGUCUUUUCUGUAUAUACACAUCGUUUCUUGUUUUUUUAUUGUUCUUUUCUCUGUUAACCAAAUAGCCAACGAUAUACAUGCCAUAUGAAGUAGUUGUUACCACGUUUGUAUAAGGUAGAAACAAAGUUGUCUGUUUAAAACAAUGAUCAACCAAAAAUGUGCUUACUGAAAUAAAGCUCAGAUCUUUA